CCUCACAGUCAACUCUGUACAUCAGUGCUUACACCAUGUUAUGAUUUCAAAGUUGCAAAUGAAAUGAGGAAGGAAGAGCAAUUCUCCAUAUCUGUUUAUAAUUUUGUCCAGAUAAUCUUUAAAGAAUUGCAGUAGGAAGAUUUUACAGAUUCCAGAAUUUCAAUUUAGGAGAAAUGUUAUAGCAUAGGAAAGCUGUUAGUAACUGGAAUGUACCGUGUUUUGGCGCUGCUUGGUUGUAAUGGACAGGCCACGGUGCUGAGUACGUGCAGGAACUGGGCAUUUGGAAACAACUGUUGCAAUGUGAUGCAUUUCAAACUUAAGCAACUUGUCUGGAGCUUUUUGAAUUAAUCUUCUUUGCUCGGGAUACGUCCCGUCAGUCAGGUUUGAACUAAAAAAUAAAAAAAGGUAGAAGAACUGAAGUGGAUGGAGAGAUUUCUUAUAGCCCCAAUUCCUCCAGAAAUUCAGAUUUAGAAAAAAUAGGUGAUAUGAAGGCUCUUUUACUGAUAAUGGCAUGGAUGCUGAAAUUUUAACUCGAUAGUACAUAUUUAGACAAAAAUGUAAAGAAAAGCGAUGGCUUGUGAAAAAAUCCACUUACAAAGUAUUAUAAAUUCAGAUUGGACCAAUCUGAAACAUAAACUAAUUGUCUAUUCCUCUUUAGUAUUAACUAAGGAGAAGAGAUUAUAUCCAUUAGCUUGAAUUACAGUGAACAUAUACAUUUUAUUAUUUUGUACUUUGACUAGGCAAGGAGAGAGAAGUCAGAGCUUUACCAGUGUCUCACUGCUUAAGGGUGCACAGGCUCUUAACUUGUGUCUGCCUCAACUUUCCCAGCUGUGUAGUGAUUAUGCUAUGCCCCACUUUGGAAAGCACAAAUAGGAAACACCGAUGAGCUGUUUAGUAGCAUAUUAAUAGAAUUUAAAAAGUCCCUAUUGUUUUUAAUUUCUCAUCACAAGACUAUAUGAUUCCCAAAAGUUCUAAAAUUCAGAGGACGGGGGUAUGUUAAAUUGAAAAACUCAGUAAACAAACCUUAACGUGGAAGAGAGAAUUUCUUCAGUACAUUUGCAUGCAGUGCACUAGAGGGCCCUCAGGAGUUAGAAAUGGAUGGAAUGCACUUUUGGAAGGCAUAUACUUCACAGGACUUUUCAUUGCAGAAUUUAAAAUAGAAGUUGCUGUGGAUUUGUGUGUGUGUGUGUGUUUUUUUUUUUUUUUAAUAACGUGAGGUUCAUGCAAGUUUAUAGCAGUUCAUAUGCAAACCACCUCUCAGUAAAGUUAGCUUCCAAAUGGUACUUAGCCUGCAAUGAAAUACCUAAAUGUGAACCAUACUUGAAACUGAAAUAUGUGCUAGACACCAGCUCAGUUACUUUUAUUGACCUAAGGAGUUUACCAGAACAAAGGAUGUGUCAAGCUGAAUAGUUUGUAAAGGAGAUACAUCAGAUCUUUUAGACUACAAGUCAGUAAACUUUGCUUACGCAGCUGGCUCCAUUCAUUCCCUGAAACCAAUCACUUUCCCUGUGGUGGCUGAUAAGAAUUUAACAGCUUGAGAAGGUGGAGUGUCAGCAUCCUCAGUGCUAACCACUUUCCCAGGCAUAUCAGUAGCCUCUGUCCAUCACCCAUGCUGAAAGCUACUUGGAAAACAAGAAAUAGAAAUUGGGGAAGGGAAAUCAUGCAUCAUCAUCCUGGAUGUAAUAUACAGAAGACUUUAUGCUGUUUUCAUCAUGUGGAUUCACUAGAGAAAUGACCGCCUUUGAUCAGCCAAGUAAAAUCAAAAACUUAUUUAUUUGCUGCUUUUGCCCUUCACGGGUGUUGAGGCUCUGGACUUGCAGGCGCCCAAGGACAAGGAGGAAUCUGCUUGUGGGAACCGCCUGUGUGAUCUACCUGGGAUUCCUUGUCAGUCAGGUUGGUCAUGUUUUACCCCAGCACAAAGGAGGACAUCAGAAGAUCAGUUCCAGAAGUCUCCAAGAUGCAGCCCAAACUCCUUUUCUGGGCAUCCCACUGGAUGGCACCCUGUCACCACCCAAUUUCCAGGAACCCCAGCUGGGUAGCAAUGGGACCUUGCUGCCACCCAAUGUAGUUUAUAUCACCCUGCGGUCCAAGCGCAGCAAGCCUGCCAAUAUCAGAGGCACAGUGAAGCCAAAGCGCAGGAAGAAAAAUGCAGUGCCUUUGUCCUAUGGGCAACAUUUUCCAAAAGCCACUUUUACGGGCCUGGAAGAGGCCUUUGCCCAACAGCCAGGGAGGACCGUGCAUGCCACAGGCACAGUGGGAGCAGCAGUAGCUCUGGAAGCGAGAAAGUACCAGCUGGAUGAACACAGACAUAAAGGAAUGGCAGUCGGAGAGAGGGGUCACCGGAGACCUGGGACGAUUUCUGGAGCUGUGAGGGCACAGUCCCAGCCUGAGGAAAGCAAUAUCAGGAUUUACAGUGAGAGCUCUCCCUCGUGGAUGAGCAAAAAUGACAUCUUAAGCAUGCGAAUGCUGGCAGAUUCUCCGAUAGAGAGCAUCCAAGAAGUACCUUCACACAAUGCAGUCCUGGUAGUGUUCGCAGGAGGUCCCGGCACCACAGGAACUGCUUGUGAUCAAGGACGCUGCGGGAUUGUCAAAAGACCCCUCGACAUGAGUGAGGUGUUUGCCUUUCAUUUGGAUAGGAUAUUGGGGCUAAACAGGAGCUUACCUUCUGUAAGCAGGAGAUCAGAAUUCUUCCAAGGCGGUCAAGCUUGUCCUGUUAUUCUCUGGGAUUCCUCACUGAGUCCAACAGAUAAUAGUACCCAUUCUUCAGUGAGGUUAACAUGGGGACGAUAUCAGCAGCUGUUGAAGCAGAAAUGCUGGCAGAAUGGUAAAAUUCCCAAAGCUGAGUGGGGCUGUACUGAAAUCCACCAUCAUGAAUGGUCCAAGAUGGCACUUUUCGAUUUUCUUCUGCAGAUCUAUAAUCGACUAGACAGAAACUGCUGUGGAUUCAAACCUCUCAAGGAGGAUUCCUGCAUGCAGCAAGGACUGAAGCUGAAAUGUAAUGAUCAGGAUGAUGUUGACCUGACACACAUAGUUCAGAGAAGGCAUGACCAAAGGCAUUUGGCCUUUAUAGACAAUAAGGGUUUCUUUGACAGAAAUGAGGACAAUCUUGACUUCAAAAUACUGCAAGGAAUCAAUGAAUUCCCUGAAUCUGCAGUUUCAGUGCUGAGGAGCCAGCGCUUACGUGAGAAGUUGCUCCAGUCUUUGUUCCUUGACAAAAUAUACUGGGAGAGCCAAGGAGGCAGAAAAGGAAUUGAAAAGCUUAUUGAUGUAAUAGAAAGGAGAUCCAAAAUUCUUCUUACUUAUAUAAAUGCACAUGGAGCCAAAGUAUUGCCCAUGAAUGAAUGAAACAGUCUUGCUUCCAUCUGAGAGACAGUCCUUAAAAAAUUCUGUAUGGGACAAAAAUUGACAGUAAAAUUGAUUUAAUUCAUAGAAUUAUUUAAUUUUUUCCUCCAAACUUUCAAGUUUAUUUUUAAAUAAGGAAUCUUACAUGUUUUAAAAGCAACAUUUAAAUGUCAGCUGUGGCUUAACACAGUGAAGUCUCUUCUAUGUCACCAGUGUCAUGAAAAAUAACCAAAUGGUACAACAAAUAAUAUGCAGUAAAAUGUAGGUACCAUGAACACUCCUUCUGUUAAACUUUUUGAAGAUUAGUAACAGGAUUUUCAGUACAUUAGUCUGGAUUACUCUUACUUCCCUCUUUCAAGUCAGUGUAAGUUUUUCUCACAAGUUUAAAUGGGACCAGAGAUGUGUAAGCUUAAUACACUGAUGACAACUGUCAUCACGUCUUCUUGCUGGAACAUAUACACAGGAACUUGUCUUUUUAUUAGGAAUACUAAGAUCCCAACAUUUCCAAAGGCUUUUUUUAUUUUAUUUUGAUCUUUUGAAAUCUGAGAACUAAAUUCAGCUCUUUUAAAGGCAGGAGUGCUUGCACUGGACAAGAAAGAAUUUUAAAAGCAGAGUAAGGAGAACAUGACUUCAACAGUAAUAACUAUUUUGACAAAUACAGUUUUUACCUGUCCAGUAGGGAGUUGAAUUCAUCAUGAGUCACUCAGUAAAAUGUACUAUUUUCAAUGUAAGUUGUUCUGAUGUGUAGCUAGAUAAUCUGAUAUUCUCUGUCUAUUGAUUAACUGGGUAUUUCUCACAGAAUUGUCCUUUGCUACCACUAUUUUUAAAAGUGACUUUAGCUUUUUGUGAAUAUGCUGCUACAUGUUUUAUUUUUACAAAAUUCUUGACAAUAUUUUUUGAGAAUUAUCAAAAAGCAGACCUACUAACAACAUGUGUGUUGUUAAACCCAUCACCCAGGAUAUGUUUAUUCUGUGUGCUCAGCUCUAGACAGCAGUUCAGGCUCUGGUUUUCCAUUAAGAAUGACCACUGUGGAGCGAUGAUUCUAGAUGAUGACUUGCCCCAAGUGUUCCUACAGGUAACUUGUUAGAGAAGAUUGGAUAAGCACUUCAGAUUUCUAUCCUCCAGAAAUAAAGUAUCAGUUGAUUCUACCUGUUUGUUUAGAAGGACCUUUAUCAUCUUUCUAGAGAAAUAUCUAUCACCCACUUGCCAUGAGAUAAUGGAAGAAGUUGGAUACUUUUGUAGCUACUCUUGUCUUUAUGUAGAGUAAAAAAAUAUAUGACAUAUAAGAUUUAAAAAUAUUUCUGAAAGUGUUUCUUUAAUGUCGUUAAUGAGAAAUUAAAAAUGUCUUAUCACUGUAAGCAUAGAUGGCUGAGUUUAACAUUUUAAAUACCUACAAUCCCACUAAAACCAGCAAAACCAGUUUUUUUCUUUAGUGUCGGAAAACCUAUUAACAAUGAUUGCAUUACUAGAAGAAAUAGGUCUCAUUAUAGACAGAGUUAAAAAUACCUUGUAAAAUUUUAAGAGCUUAGCCAGCUAAGUAAUAUCUUAUUUUAUUUUGUGGGCAAAGAACAGAUAUAAAUUUGUUAAAACUUACUAGAACUUAUUGCCUUGAAAGCACGUGUUUUAGAGUGCCUUAGACUUUUUAAUAGCAGAAAAGUAGAAUUUUAUAGGACUUUCAUCUUAUCCCUUUCUUAAAAAUGUUGUAACUUAUCAGCCAGAUGAUUUUUUUCACAGAAACAAAAAUGUUAAUUUGGCUUGCACUGUGAACAGAGUCUAGAGGAAGAAAUAAUCCUCAAGAUCCAUUUCACAUGGAAUUCCUGUUGCAGUGAAUUUCACUCUUUGGUGGCCAUCAUGAUCAAUUUGUCUCAUUUUCUAGCCUAUCUCAGUUUUCUUCCUGCAAGAUAUCUGUUCAAAUGGAUUAUCAGACACUGCUGGGAGUGAG